CUCCAGAGUUACAUACCUUACAAUAUGUUCCCGCUCAUUCAAUUUUGAAGUGGGGGAAGAAGGGGGGUGGUGUUCGGCUUGAAAGCUCAGAGAGAGAGAGGGAGUCCGAUUGAAAGCGAGUUUGAGUCAGAAAGAAAGAAAUGGAGGACUCGAUUCGGAGCUUUUGCAAUUCCACUGCUUCAUUCUGCAACCACCUCCAGAGCAGCUGCGACGCCCUCAAGACCUCCAUCGACCGCCGCCCCAUCCCUCUCGCCACCGCCUCCUCCACCUUCAUCCACUCCCUCAACCGCCGCGUCUCCACCGCCAGCGCCCACCUCAACCUCCUCGAAACGAUGUCGUUCGACACCGUUUCCUUCGAGGAGCUCUUGGGUCACUGCAACGAGGUCUACAAAGACAACCACGCCCGCCUCCUCCACCUCCAACACCGCCUCCAGCCCUUCGGUUACCUCCCCGAAAUUGAGAUCGAUGAGGACGGUGUAUCGACGCCGAUUACUCCAGAGGAUGGAUUGGAUGCACCUGAUGACGACGACGAUGACUCUUUAUUGGACGAGUCAUUGAGUUUGAAGAAGCUUGGGCUUUCGGAUGCUUCCCUUGCUACUUUAGCAUUCCAAGCUAAUGCUACAAAUGAGGACCAAGAUGUAUCUUUUCCUUCGUCGCUCUCGUAUGAUCCUUCUAAGGAGAGCUCGGGAGCGUCUCCAGAUGGAUCUAAUGAUUUCGGGGAAGUAGAGGAUAAAGAAAUGAUAGCUGUAGCUCCUUUGCAGCUUGUGAAGGUUUGCAGGGAUGAUUAUGAGUGUCUUCCUUCCUACAUGAAAAGUCUAGCGCCUUGGGAGGACUUGCUUGCUGCUGUAGAGAAGAUCAACUCAGGCCUGAAACAGAAAACAAGCAGAGGAAAUUUCUUCCACCAAGAUGAAAUUCCAUCCCUGGGUUUGGGGCCUAAAGCUAGAUCUUAUUUGCUGCUGCUUGUGCGAAUGAACCAAUUAGUAGUUGAGACAGUAGAUGGUGUGAUAUCCUACCGAGUUCUGUAGAUGGAUAUAAUCCAAUGCAGAGAAACUUCAACAGCUAAAUUUCUUGAGCAAGCAGUUCACUUUCAAGUUUAUGCAAUGAUUUGUCGCAUUAAUGAUACAUCAUUUGUUGUAAAUGUGUAUGACUACAUGUAAUCUCACCUGAAUGAUGGAUCUCACAUAUAGCAUGGUAUUAGUUUUCAUCUUUCGUAUCUUCAUAUUCCUCUCAGACGAUAACUCUAUGUUGCCUGGUAAUGGAAAACUUAUCUCAAUUUUAGUGUCAUUGAGAAAAUUUAUUAAGGGAGCUCUAGGAUAUAUACCAUGCAAUGUGAUUAACACAUUUAAUACAACUAGUUCCAAUCUGUAUUGAUCGACCAAGUAGCUGGAUGACAAGACUGUUUCCUAGACC